AUGGAUAUUCCACAGGCAAAUUUGCCCUUGGACGUGAUCAUUGUCGGGGCCGGCAUUGGGGGUAUGUCUGCUGCCCUAACUUUGGGGUUGCGAGGCCAUCGCGUGUUGAUGGAAGUUGGUGCUGGAAUUCAAGGAUCUCCAAAUAUGCUGCGUCUAUUUGAUCGAUGGGGUGUUUCAGACUUGAUCCAUAGUCAGGAUGUUGCUUUAGAGCAUAUCCAUGUUCGAAGAUGGCAAGACGGCUCUCUUCUCGCCACUAUGCCAGUGAACAAGACCUUUGGUCAGCAAGUGGUCAUUCAUCGAGCAGAUUUGCAUAAUGCCUUAAUUGAGAAGGCAUUGGCAUUGGAGAAUGUCGAGUUACGAGUGAAUUCGAUGGUAACUGAUGUCGAAUUCAGUCCCGCAUCAGUCACACUGGCCAAUGGCACAGUAGUCCGUGGUGACAUUGUCAUUGGCGCUGACGGUAUCAAGUCUGCCAUACGAGGUCAGCUACUUAAUGACAAUUCGAUCAAGGCCAUUCCCACUGGAGACGCAGCAUACAGAAUCCUCAUCCCUCGCAGUGUCAUGGAGAAAGAUCCCGAAUUGAAAGAGCUCAUUGACGAGCCACAAGCAAUUCGAUGGGUAGGUCCUGGACGCCAUAUUAUUUCUUAUCCUGUUCGCAAUCAUGAGCUGUACAAUGUCGUUCUUUUGCAUCCAGAUAACCAAGAGGUUGAGGAGUCUUGGACCACCAAGGGUUCCAAGAAGGCCAUGGUAGACAACUACCAGGGAUGGGAAAAGACAGUAACGAAGCUGAUUGACUUGGUGGACGAUGACGAGGUUCUCGAGUGGAAACUGUGUCUGCACCGCCCCCUUAAGACCUGGAUUCGAGGAUCUGUGGCUCUAAUUGGUGAUGCUUGUCACCCAAUGCUUCCCUACGUGGCCCAAGGCGCGGCACAAGCAGUUGAGGAUGCGGCAGCCCUAGGGAUCCUGUUGUCGAAUAUCACUUCCCGUCAUGAAAUCCCAAGCGCGUUACAGGUGUAUGAGAAGUCACGAAAACAGCGCGCGGAAACUGUGCAACAAUCGGGCUCCGACAACCGCGUUACAUUGCACCUCCCAGAUGGACCUGAGCAGAUUGCGCGUGAUAAACAAUUCCGAGCAGCGGCGAGCGGCUCCAACCCCGAUAAAUGGACCGAUCGUGAAACUCAGAAAUUCCUAUGGGGCUGGGAUGCGGAGAAAGCAGCUUUGGAUGAUUGGAAAAAAGCAGCAACAAAUGAGGUCAAGGUCAACGCUAGCCUGUAG